AGACCAGCAAAGCAAGUAAGCAACUAGAGGAGUCGAUCCGUUCGUUUAACACAAAUUGGGAAGCAAGGUUUCUCAAGGAUCUAAGUUUCUGACAGAUUUUGUCAAAGUCGUGGAAUACUAAUGAACACUAGAAUUAAUGAUGUUCCGUGGUGAAUGGGAAUGUGUGGAAGCUCGCUCGCUGUUUGUGAACAUGAAUUAAUGGCCACCGUCAGGGAAGAAGAUUCAACAACGCACGUAUAAAUCGAUCUCCUCUCCCGCUUCUGCAUGCACACGCAGCGGCAAUUAUUUCACCGGCCGGGUUUUAUGGACUCCGGCGAAGUCCCCCACCACUUCAUCUGCCCCAUAUCGCUUCAGAUCAUGAAGGACCCCGUCACCACCGUCACCGGCAUUACCUACGACCGCGCCAGUAUCGAGCGGUGGCUUUUAGUCGACCGGAAACCCAUCUGCCCGGUCACCCAGCAGCCGCUUCCCGACGACCAGGCGCUGCUCACCCCCAACCACACCCUCCGCCGCCUCAUCCAAUCCUGGUUCGACGCCGCCGACGAUAGAUGCCCCGACAUCCAGGACCUCGUCCGCGGUCUCUUCGUUCCCCGGCUCCAGCUCCGAUCGCUCCACCUACUCGCCGCGCUCGGGUGCGAGAAUAAUGAAUCCAUCCGCCGGCGGUUGGUCCAGUCCGGCGUCCCGCGAAUACUGAUCAAACUAAUCGCUUCGUUCCGAGUCGACGUCGAUCGAGUCGAGGUCGACCUCGCUCUGAACCUUCUUUUUCAGUCGCUCCGAGUGCCUCAGAAUGACUUGAAGCCGAUCGCCGACGGCCGUGACUGCCUUUCCAUCGUGGAUUUGAUCGCGCAAGUCUUGGCCGGAGAAAACAGAGAGAUGAAAUCGACGGCGACUAUGGUCGCGAAGGCCUUGAUGGAGGCGGCAAGUGCACGACUUCUGGAGCAACUAAAAACAGAGUUUUUCCGAUCCGUGCUGGGGGUAAUUCGAGAUCGGAUCUCGCCGCAGGUGACCAAGGCGGCGCUGCAGGUCCUGCUCCGAGCCUGCGUUCGGGGGAAUAACCGGUUGAAGAUAGUGGAGGCCGGCGGGGUGAGGGAGGUGGUGGAACUGGAGCUGUCUUUUCCGGACAAGCGGACGACGGAGAUAGACCUCGGGGUUCUGAGCAGGCUCUGCUCGUGCGCGGAGGGGAGGGCGGAGCUGGUGGGGCACGCGGCGGGGAUCGGGGUGGUGGCGAAGAGGAUCCUGCAGAUAUCCGCGGCGGCGGACGAGGAGGCAGUGAGGGUGCUGGCGGCGGUGUGCUGGAGCUCGGCGACGAAGGAGGUGUUGGAGGAGAUGGUGAGCGUGGGGGCGGUGGAGAAGCUCUGCUUGGUGCUGCAGGCCGACUGCGGCAGCGCGGUGAAGGAGAAGGCGAGGUGGCUGCUGAGGUUGCAUUCACCAGUUUGGAAGGAUUCCCCUUGUCGUCCAUGCCUACGUCAUCUCAAAACAACCCUAAUUCAUUAAUUCAUUCUGUUUUUACGAAGAAGAAGAAGAAAAAUUAUUUGCUAUGCAUCCUCUCACCGCAGCUCUCAAAUCAAGUCCAACAGAUCCAUCAAACUUUGCUCGCUCAGUUGUUGAUCACUUGAAGAAACAAGAUGAGUACUUUGAAGAGGCAACUCUUCAUGCCGCUGACUU